AUGACCAAGUCUGUCGAGCCUUUGACUUGGAAGAAUGGUUUCAGACAACCCUCAGAAGGCGAGCCCUGGAGGUAUCCGAAGCCUGAAGGAGAACCGCCCGCCCGGCCCCACUACGUGACGCCUCCUUCUGUUUAUAUUAGGACCUCGUCUGCACAGAAUGUCCUCGGUGAGAGCACCCUUCGCUCGUGGCCGACUAUCUUCAACGGCACGAACUCUCCUGCUGGGAUACCGGGGUGGUGGAAGCCAUCUUGCGAGGUCGAUGUGCUCAUUGUAGGAGGUCUAGAGACUGCGCUUAGCCUUGUUCGCCAAGGUGUCAGGGUUCGCAUCCUCGAUAGGAAUGAGGGGCCUCUGCCCACUGGGCGCGCGGAUGCCGUUCUCCCUCGGUAUCUGGAGAUACUCAAUGCGUGGAGCCUCGCAACGGAGGUCAGCGAGGAGGGCCCAUCAGUGCUCUUCCACGCCCGUACGCAUCAGUCGGACUCCCGGCACAGAGGUCUCCAUGUUAUCACCCAGGGCCAACUGGAGCGGAUCUUCGUGCGAGACCUGCUCCGGCAUAAGGUGCUGGUCGAGCGCUGCACGACUUUGCAAGCAUACGAAGUCUCGGAGGAUGAGAACGACCAUGAGAGGCCGAUCCGGGCGGUCAUUUGCAAUGAUCGGACUGGCGAGACGGAGAUCAUUCGCGCCAAGUUCCUGGUUGGGAGUGAUGGGGCUGCGAGCAUGAUUCGCAAGAAGCUCAACAUCCCGUUCCACGGCGUGAGUACGGACAUAUACUGGUACAUCAUGGACGGGAAGUUCGAGUCCGACUACCCCCACGCGUGGAUCUUCGGAGGCUACCUCAGCACGGAGCAUGGGUGCUGUGUGAUUAUCCCGCGCGAGGACGGGCAUAUCCGGCUGUAUACGCAGCUGAACCCGACGCUGAUCGAGCAGCUCAGCAAAGAGCGGCAGGAACGCUACCCCACCUUUAAGGAAGCCGGAGGCAAAGUUGACGCGAACUCCAUCACCCCCGACGAGGUCCUUGAGCAGGCCAACCGCAUCUUCGCGCCGUAUAUCGUCAGGUUCGCUUCGCCGUUGACUUGGUUCGCUAUCUGGAAAGUCAGCGAGCGGGUCGCGGAGGCCUUCUCUUCUGAGGAUCUGCAAGUCCACCUCGCAGGUGAUGCUGCUCACGUCCACAGCGUCUUCGGCGCCUUCGGCCUCAACGCCUCGAUCCUUGACGCCGCCAACUUAGCCUGGAAGCUGGCCUGCUGCGCACGCAACCUGUCCCUGAUUUCCACCCUCCUCCCGACGUACGAUUCCGAGCGACGUCUGCACGCCUCCAACGUCGUCGAGAUCUCAGGCAAAUACCUCCGCUACUGCUGCAACUCCGACAUUCCCGUGCCGCACACCCAUUCGCUAGGCAAAGACCUGGGCGCCGAAGCCAUCGAACACGCCGUGCGUGGGGAGCCCUACGGUCUGGCAACUCGCACCGACACCUCCCUGCCCAAGCACCUCUACCUAGCAGACUUCUACACACCAAGUACGGCGCCUUCAUGCUCGACUAGACGUCGCGUACGGAAAACCCGUACUGUGUUCUUCUCACAGCCCAACAGCAGCCCCGGAUUCCGGUCCAGUCGUAGCUGUGGACAACGGUGGUGUCGGAUGAUCGCGCGCCGGAUGAGGAUGCUCAUACGAUGUGGGGAGUGGAUCAUGGCUCUGGUGCCCUCGUCGUCGUCAGGCCUGAUCUCUGGGUUCGGUGUAGUCUGCGGCCGGAUCGGGUGGAGGAGUUGGAGGCGUAUUUUGGAGGGUUUUUGA